AUGGUAACAAAUAAUAGCACAAAAACACUAACGGCAUCACUGUCGAUAUCCGUAUUAACCACAACUUCAACAAUAAGAACAGUACCCACCGGAACAUUAGCGGCAACUACAAACAGCCUAUCAAUUACAUCACCAAUAGCAACAACAGUGUCAAUAACAGAUGAGACAGCAACAACAAUAUUAACAGCAUCGAUAACAGAUGCGAUAAUUUCAAUGACUACUACAGAGCCAUUAACAACAAUAAUGACAUUUAUAACUACAAUGAGUACUUCAGCAACAACUACUCAUUCUACCACAUCUUUGCCGUCAAAACCUGGUGAUGGUAUUUGUGCAACAGCUACAUGGGAACGAGUUGGUCAAGUUGUGGCUGGUGGUAACGGAGCAGGAUCGAAUCUUAACCAAUUGAAUCAUCCUGCUGCCAUUGUCGUGGACGAAAAUCAAACAAUUUAUAUCUCGGAUAAUGUCAAUAAUCGUAUUAUUAAAUGGAAUGUUGGUGAUUUAAGUGGAGUCGUGGUUGCCGGUGGAAGCGGUAGAGGAGACGCACCCGAUCAAUUGCAUGGUCCCCGUGGUUUUGUUUUCAGUAAAAACGGAACACAUUACAUUAGUGAUGCCGAAAAUAGUCGCGUUCAACGCUGGUUUCGUGGUGCUUCGACUGGUGAUACAAUUAUACGUAGUAUUUCUGCGUACGGUAUAGCACUAGAUGAUGAAGAAUCUCUCUAUAUAUCUGACAGAGAGAAAGGUGAAGUAAUAAAACUACUGAUAAAUGAGACUGUUGGAGAAGUAAUUAUAUCCAAACUAAAUCAUCCAUAUCUAAUUUACCUUGAUAGAAACCGAUCUCUCAAUAUAACUGACCGGGAUAAUCAUCGACUGAUUAAAUUGAAGUAUGGUGAAACCCAAAGUUCCAUUGUUGCUGGUGGACCUGGUGGUGGCAGUGGUUUGAAUAAACUGCAAAGACCAGAAAGGGGUGUGGGUGUGGGUGUGAGGUUGUGGGUCUGAGGGUGUGGGUGUG